CAUUCUGAAAUUCUUGCUUUCUUAGGCAAUAUGGUAUCCUAACCACAAAAAAACGGUACGGGGAGAGGCCUGGUCUCCAGCUCUGUGCAAAGGAAAAUGAAAGUUGCUAUUGAUUUGACUUGAAAAUAGGGAGAUUACUUUGAAUUAUCUGGGUGAGUCUAGUGUCAUCACAAGGUUCAUUAAAAGUGGAGGUAAAAGAAUAUCAGUGAUGAGAUGUGAGGACUCAAUCCCCCAUUGCUGAUGCUGAGGGUGAAGGAAGUGGGCCCCCAGGCAAGCAGGGCAAAGGAGGAAUGAAUGAUUCCUCUGGACUCUCCAGAAGGAAAUUUAGUGUUGCCAAAAUUUUUAUUUCAGCCCAGUGAAACCUUGUAAGAGUGAACUACAGAACUAUUGUGUUGUUUUAUGCCUCUAAGUUUGUGAUUUGUUAUAGCAACAGGGAACUGAUACAGGUGGCGACCAAGAAUCCUUGUUUUUAACCACGUGCUGGUAAUUGAUGGGCAGCCACGUUCAAGAACCCCAGGCCAACCUCCUCUCUCAUGCUAAUUGUUUUUCCAACCUUCAUCCCUCUACGGCCUAGUUGCUGGAGUGCCUUGUGGUCCUGAACUCGUGGGCAGGUGCACCCAGGACCACCUGCUUUCUCUGCAAGCCGCCGCCCUCUCCUCUGUUCCCACAGCAGCCUGGACCCCACGGGCACCACAGGUGCAGAGAAGGUGGCCUCGAGCGGCGGCCCAGGGGCGGGUUCGGGGGAAGGACAACGGGCCCUCUCCCAGGCGGGGCGCACACACUCCGGCAACGACGAUAGUCCCCCGGCAAGAGGCAGCGCUGGCAGGACUCCUAGGGCGAGGCUGACAGAGGCAGCGGUAACUGAAGGCGGAGCCACAGGCAACAACUGUGGGGAGGCUGCGGGUCCGCGCCCGUGGUGGGCCGGCGGAGGCGGGCAUCCAGGAGACCCCGCCGGCGUCCACGCAGGCGCGCCUCCGCCACGGGGAACCCCCGCCCGGUCGGGCAUGGGGACGCGGCUCUGCCACCGACCCCGGACCCUGCGCACCGCCACAGCAGCACAACUCCGCCGGAGCGCCGGAAGCCCAGGCCGCAGCACUUCCGGGGGCGCGUCCUCGCGCAGUCGCGCUCUGACUGGCGUGCGAGCGCGCAGGCGUCUCAGAGCGGUAGCAUGGCGGACCCCGAAGCGCUGGGAUUCGAGCACAUGGGCCUCGACCCUCGGCUCCUGCAGGCCGUCGCCGACCUGGGCUGGUCGCGCCCCACGCUGAUCCAGGAGAAGGCCAUCCCGCUGGCCCUGGAGGGGAAGGACCUCUUGGCUCGGGCGCGCACGGGCUCGGGGAAGACGGCCGCUUACGCCGUUCCGAUGUUGCAGCUGCUGCUCCACAGGAAGGCGACCGGCCCCGCGGUAGAGCAGGCUGUGAGAGCGCUGGUGCUGGUCCCCACCAAGGAGCUAGCGCGGCAGGUCCGGUCCAUGAUUCAGCAGCUGGCCGCCUACUGCGCUCGGGACAUCCGGGUGGCAGACGUCUCCGCUGCUGAGGACUCAGCCUCUCAGAGAGCUGUGCUGAUGGAGAAGCCUGACAUCAUAGUGGGGACCCCAUCUCGCAUCUUAAACCACUUGCAGCAGGACAGCUUGACCCUGCGAGACUCUCUGGAGUUGCUGGUGGUGGACGAGGCCGACCUCCUCUUCUCCUUUGGCUUUGAGGAGGAACUUAAGAGUCUGCUCUGUCACUUGCCCCGGAUUUACCAGGCUUUUCUGAUGUCGGCUACUUUCAACGAGGAUGUGCAGGCCCUCAAGGAGCUGGUACUGCAUAACCCGGUCACCCUGAAGUUGCAGGAGUCCCAGCUGCCGGGGCCAGACCAGUUAAAGCAGUUCCAGGUGGUCUGUGAGACGGAGGAGGACAAGUUCCUGCUGCUGUACGCACUGCUCAAGCUCUCGCUGAUCCGGGGCAAGUCCCUGCUGUUCGUUAACACACUGGAGCGGAGCUACCGGCUGCGCCUGUUCCUGGAGCAGUUCGGCAUCCCCGCCUGUGUGCUCAAUGGAGAGCUGCCGCUACAGUCCAGGUGCCACAUCAUCUCACAGUUCAACCACGGCUUCUAUGACUGCGUCAUUGCCACCGACACCGAGGUCCUGGGGGCCCCAGUCAAGGGCAAGCGUCGGGGCAAGGGACCCAAGGGGGACAGGGCUUCUGAUCCGGAGGCCGGCGUGGCCCGGGGAAUAGACUUCCACCACGUGUGCGCUGUGCUCAACUUCGAUCUGCCCCCCACCCCUGAGGCCUACAUCCAUCGGGCUGGCAGGACGGCCCGCGCCAACAACCCAGGAAUGGUUUUGACCUUCGUGCUGCCUUCUGAGCAGUCCCACCUGGACACAAUCGAGGAGCUCCUCAGUGGAGAGAAUGGGGCUCCUGUCUUGCUUCCCUACCAGUUCCGCAUGGGGGAGAUUGAGGGCUUCCGCUAUCGCUGCAGGGACGCCAUGCGCUCAGUGACCAAACAGGCCAUCCGAGAGGCGAGGUUGAAGGAGAUCAAGGAGGAACUUUUGCACUCGGAGAGGCUCAAGACAUACUUUGAAGACAACCCGCGGGACCUCCAGCUGCUGCGGCACGACCUGCCCUUGCACCCGGCCGUGGUGAAGCCUCACCUGGGCCAUGUCCCCGACUACCUGGUCCCUCCUGCUCUGCGUGGUCUUGUCCACCCUCAUAAGCGGAAGAAGGUGGCCUCUAAGAAGACCAAGGUUAAGGCGAGGAGCCGGAACCCACUGCGCAGCUUCAGGCACAGAGAGGAGAGCCGCCGACCUGCAGCUGUGCCUCCCUGAGGCCACAAGAAAAGUCCAGGGUCUUGUGCCACCCCUUCUGGGGCCGAGCAGAGAGCGGGCCCGGCUUUCCGCCCUGGACAGACCAGAUCGCGGGGCUGGCAGACUCAUGGUGGUCUGGGUUCCUGGUGCUGCCAGGCCAGCAUUGUGCUGCUCAACAGAGUAAGGACUCUGGCCCUUUCAGCCUGUGCUUCCUGUACGGGGGAAGGGACGCUUAUCCCUGGAAACCUUGGGAAUUAAACCGUAUCCAGGAGGCGGCGCCUGGCUCUCUG